AUGUCGUCGCGUCGAACAUCCAUCGAGCUAUGCACAGUCGAGGAAGGUCGCAGGGUCAAGGGGAGUUACGUUAAGCGCGACCUGGCAGAGGACCCUAGACCCUCGACGUCUUCGAGUCGAGAAGAGCAGGGCAUAGAUUCACACGCUCAGACGGCAAAGGUUACUGAUGAUCAGCUCGAAGAAAAAGUAUUGGAAGAUGAGCUAAAGCCUCAAGAUAUAUUCGCCACCGCGACGUCGGCCGCGACAGCAGUGACAGGAUGGGACUACGUUUAUGGACGAUUGGAAAAGUACGAUCGGGAAAUGAUUAAGGGGUACUCGGAAGACAUCGACAAUCUCCUUAUCUUUGCAGGUUUGUUCUCUGCGGUCCUCACCGCGUUCCUCGUCGAGGUAUAUACACAACUUCAGCCCGAUGACACCCAACUGUCGAUCCAACUGCUUUAUAACAUUUCGCUUCAACUCCAACAUAUCUCCAUGAACCAGGCCGCUCCUGUGUCUUCCAACGGCCCGCUCACCAUGCCCUUCUACCCUGGUCCGCGUGUGGUCGCCAUCAACGCUCUGUGGUUCCUGAGCCUCGUCCUCGCCCUGGCCUCCGCUCUUCUCGGCAUAUUCGUCAAGCAAUGGCUACGCGAAUACAUAAGCUGGACAUCUGUAUCUCCCAUACAACACGCAAUACAGCUCCGGAAGUUCCGCUUCGACGCUUUUCAGCGAUGGAAGGUCCCCGGUAUCGUUACGCUGGUGCCAGGCCUACUGCAGUUGGCGGUUGUGCUGUUCUUUGGAGGACUCGUCACCCUGCUCUGGCCAAUCAAUACGGUCGUAUCUGCGGCAUGUUGCGCCGCAGCUGGCACGACUAUCAUAUCGGCCGUGCUCGUCGUGCUAAUGCCGCUCUUCCCUUCACCGACGAUCGCAAUGAUUGCCCCGAACGACCGCGAGCCAUUUGUGAUACACUGGAAACGCUCAAUGACGCACAAGUACGCCUGA